GUCUUGCGGGAUCUUUAGAUUGGACGCGGAUAUCUGACGAACAGCGUCGUGCGUGCCCCGGCAACCGCUUUCGUUCCUUUUUUUCAUCGAGGACGUGUCUUCAGCAUCAAUGUCCUCAAGGCUUCGAGUACCAGGACGGGAUGUGUCUUCGCCGUAAUAGUUGAAAGAGGUGUCUUUUUUUUUAUUGGUGUGAAACAUGUUGCGGGACAGGAUGGCUGGCGGGGACCGUGUGUGCCAGGCGAAUACCGAAUUGGUUCCUCUGAAGAUUGUGCUGUUCUUAUGGUACGGAGGUACGGCGUGCUUGCUCCCCUUUCUGACGGUCCACAUGCGCCAGCUGGGCCUAAGCGUCGAAGAAACCGCCAUCAUCUACAGCAUCAUCCCGUUCGCCCAGCUCUUCGGACCUCACGCAGCCAGUUUCCUGGGGAACAAGUACGGCAGCUACAAAGGCGCCCUCCUCGGCUGUCUUAUGCUGACCGCACUGUCCGGUAGCAGCCUGCUCCUGGUGCCCCAAGCCGUCGGACCGCCAGUGCCAGCACCAGCCAUCCACCUUCACUGCGGUCCUUCUCUGGAACUAGAGGUCGUGGUGGACCACUGCGGGGACGAGCAUGGAGCCUGCCCGGAGCCUUCGUCCGGACAAGCGUUACCGGUGCAACUGUCCGACUGCAGCCUCGAGUGUCCGUACGGCGACUGGCCCCACGGCAUCGAAGACGCCGGUAUCUGUUUCACAGACGACUACGACAACAAGGAAUGCCACGUCAUGGACGAAAACGACCCUCUUGCUAGAAGCACGUCACUCGGCCUCUACCUGCAGCCGGCCAGAGACCCCGAUGCUCUUUGCAACCAUCCUGUGACGGCCAUCACGUGGGAAAGUCAUAUAUUCCACAACGUGUCCUGCUUGAAGCAUCUUCCGGACCACGACCAUACGAACUGUUCUCUCAAGUGCACCGUUGAAGACCUGCCUGAUGUGAAUGCAACGUCGGCGGCGGCUUUCUGGCACGCUGAAUGCACCCCACCAGAAGGCAGCGACCGAAGGAUUACGAUCAGCAUCUACUUUGUGCUCAGGAUCAUCUUUCAGGUUCUUGUGUCCAUCUGCUUUACGCUUCUGGAUGCCACCACGGUGUCCAUGGUGCACGUGCACGACGGGCGUUUCGCGUGGCAGCGUUUUUGGGCCAUUGUAGGAUCAGUGUUUUGCUCGCCCAUCUCCGGUUUCUUCAUCGACCUCAACAGCGAGCACGUCAUUUCUGGCUUUGACUACUCUCCCGCCUUCUACAUGUUCAACGUGUUCACGGUGCUCACGGCCAUCUUCACCUACGUGCUUGAGAUUCAGGUGGCCACUCCCGGCAAGAACGGACUGUACCGCGUUCGGGAACUUCUGCAUGUUCCGCGGAUCCUCAGUCUCUUCCUGGUAGUCCUCGGUCUUGGGAGCGUCUACGGGUUCCUGGAGUACUUCCUCUUCUGGUACCUCUUGGACCUCGGCGCUCCGAACUACAUGCUAGGCCUCACAAUCUCUAUCGGCGGACUCGCCGGAUUCGUCUUCCUCUACGAGUCAAAGUGGUUCCUCGACAAACUGGGAGCCGUCAACGUCAUCGUGCUCUCGGGGCUUGUCUAUUGCGGCAGGCUGGUGGGCUACUCGUACAUCGGCAAGCAUCCGCUGUGGUGUAUCCCUCUGGAGGGACUAGAAGCCAUGACGUUCCAUCUCCUAUGGGUCGCCAUUGGAACGUACGCGGCACAGUAUGCACCCAGGGGAUUGAAACCCACCGUUCAAGCCUGCGUAGGAGGCAUCUACUUCGGAAUAGGUCGGAGCACGGGCAGCUUGGUCGGCGGCACCGCCAUGUACUUCCUGGGAGCCGAGACGGCCUUCCGGAUCAUGGGAGGCGUGGCCGCCAUAGCAUCCCUUUCCUACGGGGUCAUCUUCUUCUGCUUCAUCCAGGGGGUCUGUCGAAAACCCGAAGAAGAGCCUGCCGCCGAACUCGUUCUCAAAAGCAUAGCCAAGCCGGCGUCUACACCGGCACCUGCACCGGUAGCGACGUCUAACGGCAACCCACAUCGGGAGAUGGUUGUCAGUGUCGAUGUCCUCAACUCAAGGGACAGUGACCACGAAGAGGAUGAAGAGGAUCAGGCGAAUACGAGGACAGAGCCCGAAGGUUCUUAGCCGGACGGAGUGUGUUCUGAUUCUUCUCGCAGCCCGUAACAAGAACCGUGCUGCGACAGCACAUCAUCUAUGAAAGGACAUACUCACCAAAUGUCCCUUGAGUAGGGACCGGGGACAAGUGCCACGAGUUCACGUCUUCUGGCACCAGGAUCACCGCGGUACCACAGUGAGGUAUUCUCCCCCUCUUCGAGAAAAAAAAACAACAGCAAGGAAACCUCCCCGUCUCACCAGGUGCCGAGAUGGGCGUUGUGGUGUCUGAUGCGUGGACCUUCUAUAGUCGGCCUUCAAUGGUCGUGAUGUCGAAACUGCUGGUCAAACGUUGAGUGGUUUAGUGUGCGUAGCUCUCCGGUCAGGGCCAGCUAGAUAUGAAAACGUUCUGUGCCUCACCCCGAAGCGUAUACUAUUCACCGCAAGUGCCAGUGUGGUUCUCCGGGACUUGCGGUCUGGAGCCUACUAGUUAUAUACGUUCCAGAAGCUAGAGACGUUUAGCACAAAAUGCGGCAUUGGACCAUGAUAAGGUGCUGCGUUCCGUGGUCUGGAAGUACCCAAAACGUACUGAUUACGUGCGUUUCAGGGGUCAGAUGUAUUUAGUGCUACGCUCUACAAUGGACAAUGGACCAUGACAAGAUGUCGCGUCCUGUGGUCUGAGGAUGUCAUCUGGAACCUACUGACGACAUACAUACCAUAGGCUAAUAUGCAUUUAGCACUAUGCUCUGCAUGGGAACGUGACAAGAUGCUGGGUUCUGUUUUGUUUCACGAGUGCAGCGUGCACCUUACUGUGUGCAAUAAGAACCGUUACAUAUUUUUUAAAUGAUAGGCCACGUGCUUGCGUCGUAAACAUUGCCCUGGACAGACUGGAUUAAAUGCUGGUGCGACAAAGUGAC